AAUAGGAACUUGACCCAUUCCUUAUCGAACCCACCAGCUGAAAAUAAAGACUGCCUCAGAGCUGACCGAAGCAAGUGGUGCUUCCUCCGGUAUACCUCCUGGCAGACCGCCCGAUUAGGAAAAGCGCCAACUGCUCCUCCGAAGGCCCAAAGCCGCGCGAUCUUCACUGCGGCGAACAAAUCCAACACUCGCCUGCCUCUCACAACCACCCAUCACCAUUCUUACCUCGCCCCCAAGUGGUAUCAAUCCUCCCUUAUACUGUUCAACCAUCAUAUGAACAGCAUAUAGAUUCCGAGCUUCAGACCUGGGUGGCGGCGACUAGCGCGCCCGCUUUCACAGCAUGGAUUAUGAGAUGGACCUCGAGCCCGCGGGGCCGCAAGUCACCGUUCGCGAGGUGGAACCGUACCGUGUCGAUUUCCGACUGAGCUCGGUUGAUCUCGCCUUUGCCAACUCCCUCCGCCGCGUGAUUCUCGCCGAGGUGCCCACCGUCGCACUCGAUCUCAUUGAAAUCGAAAACAACACUUCCGUCAUCCCCGACGAGAUGCUGGCCCACCGUCUAGGCUUGAUCCCCCUCAACGCGAAGAACUGCGAGCAGGACCUGGACUACACCCGUGACUGCGACUGCGAGGAUCACUGUGUGCGCUGCAGCGUGACGCUGUCGCUGCAUGUGCGCUGUGAUCGUGGUAUCAUGUCGGUCUAUGCGCGCGAUCUGACGGUCCAGGGUGAGCGGAUGAAUGAUACCAUUGGUGAUCCCGUUAUUACCGAUCCCGAGGGCAAGGGUCCGUUGAUUUGCAAGUUGGCCAAGGGGCAGGAGAUCAAGUUGACUUGUCUCGCGAAGAAGGGUACUGCUAAGGAACAUGCAAAGUGGGCGCCUACUGCGGCUGUGGGCUUUGAGUACGACCCUCAUAACAACCUAAAGCAUGUAGAUUACUGGUAUGAGCAGGAUCCGAUCAAGGAAUGGCCUAUCUCUGAAAAUGCCGCCUGGGAGCAAGCCAACAACCCUGAUCAACCCUUUGAUUACGAUGCUGAGCCGAACAUCUUCUACAUGGAUGUGGAAAGUAUCGGCAACCUUGAGCCGGACACGAUCAUCCAGCAGGGAAUCUUCGUGUUGCAGAAGAAGCUCGCACUCACCGUCUCCGAGCUUACCGGCGAAGGCGAGAAUGGCCAUGCUGGUGGUCCCGAGGAUGCCGAGAUGAUGGGUGCUGGUGACCCUGACGCCUACGAGCCUCCAGAGGGCAUGGAUGGCAACCUGGGUGGAUAUGGAAACGCUCCCUGGGGAGCCAGUGCCCAGACCCCGUACGGUGCCACGCCUUACGGCCAGAGCUCGUACGGAUACUAAGCCGGGGAAGUGGUGAAGUAGUUAGCGAGGGGGUGCUUUUAAGGUUACAAAAAGGGCUUGAGCAUGCUGGAUGGAGUUUCUUUUUCGCUUGUCCUUUACUGAUGACUUGGUGGCGCAAAUUGGAGUUUUCUUUUUCCCCUUCUCAUCCCGAGUGUGCUACUACCGCUGCAGGUGACAAGCCAACCUGAUUCGAUUUCUCGGAAUCGAUGUGUCCAUAUUAUCUAGAAAAAAAAAAGCUUCUUAACCUAUGAUACUACUACAAUGUACAAUCUAUAUAACGACGU